CUCGUCGCGAACCCAGAUCUUGCAAGGGUCGACCUGGUGAUACCCUUGAGGUCGAUGUGCUGAAUAUGGUCAAUCCCUCGGCUCUUCCUCUUAGAUGACAGCUCGAUCCAACUCAAACAUACGCAGCUAGAGGUCAUCAUGUCGACAGAUAUCCAACUACAACCCCCGACGGACGGAAUCUCGGCCUUGUCUUGGUCUUGCGAUGGAAGUAGGCUCUUAGUAGCCAGUUGGAGUGGGCAAGUAGACGUACACGAUGUGACGAAUCUCGGCGAGGUGAAACCGCCUACCACCCACCCGACCCCAGCAGCCAUCCUCGCAGCCUCCUUCUCCCCUACAAACCCGGUUCUAGCCUAUACCGCCGGCCUAGACAAACGUUUGCGACAAUGGGAUUUUGAGAGGGGACAAGAGAGGGUGGUAGGGAAGUCGGACGAGGCGAUCUCUUGUAUGGCGGUCGUGGACGAUGGGUUGGUCUUUACCGGAGGAUGGGAUGGGGUUUUAAGGGUUUGGGAUCCGUCCGCCCCAACCCCGCUAAAAGAAUCCCUAACCCUCCCAACCAAGAUCUACUCCCUAGCCUACGCCCCUACAACCCGUACUCUGAUCGUCUCGAUGGCCAACCGUAAAGUCUUCGUCUACAACCUCGACAUCGACGAGCUCAAGCGCAACCUGAGCUCAGGCCAAGGGGGGUUGGGGAAGCCGCAGCAGGAACGGGAGAGCGCUUUGAAGUUUAUGACUAGGAGCGUGGCUGUCAUGGCCGAUGGGCAGGGCUGGGCGUCGGGCUCGAUCGAAGGAAGGAUCGCCGUAGAAUACUUUGAUACCUCGGACGCCACCCAGGCACAACGAUACGCGUUCAGGUGUCACCGUGCGACGGUAGACGACGUGGACUGUGUCUAUCCAAUCAACGCUUUGGCUUAUCAUCCGACCCACAACACCUUCGCCUCGGGUGGAUCCGACAAGACUGUCUCGAUCUGGGACCACGUCGGCAAGAAACGUAUGAAGCAGUACACGGGCUUCGCCAACGAGAUCUCUUGCUUGGCCUUCUCGCCUGAUGGCAGGUACCUGGCCAUCGGGUCGAGUUAUGAGCACGAUAAUGGGGUGCCGCAGCCGGAGGAGAGGACGAGGAUCGCGGUCCAGAUCAAGACGACCGUCAUGGAUGAUUGCAAGCCGAAACCUAAAGCAUAGUCGAGGGGGUUCCACGAGGAUAUGCAGGCGAUGGUAACCUCGUACUAGAUAAGCAUGAGGAUGACUUGUUAAAUAUGAGCCAUAAUAACGAUAUCGGUGGUCGCGCUUGUCAUCUUGGCCUCAUACCUGGGCACUUCGACGGCUAUGACACGGGCAAUUGAUGUUUAAAUCUACGGAUAGGCGUAGGUUCGCUGCUCUAAUCGCAUGCGGAUAUCCUGGCGAUGGUGACGUAGUCGUACAUAUCGCCAACCAUAUGGCUCAGAUUUUGGGUCGAAUUACGUUCGUCACGGCCAGUCGCGGAAGCAAUGCAGUGUUGUUUCAGGUUUUCCG